AUGGACCCUCUCUGGCAGUACCAGUUCCACAUCCUCCUCCUAGGAGACCCAAAUGUGGACAAACCAUCCUUGUUGAGAAACUACGUGGAGGGCAUCUUUGUCGAGGGUGUCGCCCAGGCAGUGGCGGUGGACUUCUCCGUGCCCUUCAUGGAGGCAGAGCCUGGGGGUCCAGCUGGCCAGGAAAGGUCACCACCCACCCCUCAUGGGGAGAGCCCACCCAUCAGGAAGAGAAGCGGCCUUGGUGGCCAUGACAAAGAUGAACUCUGGACCAAGAGCACAGGAACUUGGCAGGAGGCCUUUUGCGGCUUGGUAAUCACCAACAGAACAUCCUUUGAGAGCGUCCCCCAGCGGCAUCGGGAGGUUCUGGAGAAAGCAAAACCCUCCAACAUCCUCUUCCUGGUGGUAGGCCACAAGAGUGACCUGGUGGAUGAGGGAGAGGUGAUGCCGGGGGGAGGGGAGAAGCUGGCUGCCUCCUGGGGCGCUCACUACGUUGAGGCCUCAGCCGAAAGCAACGGUGACAUCCGCUUUCAAGCUGCUCACUCAAGAGAUCUAAGAGCUGUGAAGAGAGGGAUCGUGGAGCCAAACCCAGGGUGGGAGGGAGUGAAAAGCAGGGUCCCACCACAGACCAAGCCUCAGGAGGCAGAGACCCAAAGCACGGCAAGGUGGAUGUAUCCAUGCUGGUGGCCCCUGGGUGGAACAGCUACACUCCCUGAAGCCCACGGAACCCUCACAAUCCACAAGGGCUCUGCCAGGAACAGAACAGGAUGA